AAGACAUUCAUUCAUCCUUCUGUCUUCCCGCCGUAACUAAUCUCCUCAACAAAGCUCACAAAAGGAAUCCUCUGUUUAAAAAAGUUGUGAUGGGAACAUGGAAGAAGAAGAAAAACAGUAAUAACAACAAAGUUUGCUACAUAUCAAUCCCAUCUCAGAUCAUAAAGUCCGUUUCUUCCUCCUCUCUCCCCGACAAUAAAUCUCCAAAAAAGAAGAACACAACAACAAAGUCUUUGUUUCUUUUCCUCAGAAACCCAAAGCUCUGGGCGUUCUGUCUCCUCUCACUUUCUGUUUUAGGAAUUUUACUACGACUUGGUCUUUGUCUUUCGUCUCAAGAAAGUCAACUUAGAAACUCGGAUUCAAAGUUCCCAUCAAACAGUACUCAUGUCGAGAUUUCGAAUGCGAAAGAUCGAUCUUUAGAGAGCAUUCCAAAACAAGCAGUGUCUGUGGAGAAGAAUGAGACUUUUGGUGGCACUUCUAGACAUGUUUUGGAUGAUGAGAAGAAUGAGUUUUGGAAACAGCCUGAUGGGUUAGGAUACAAGCCAUGCCUUGACUUCUCCUCUGCCUACAGGAGAGAGAGUAAGAAGAUUGUUAUACAGAGGAGAAAGUAUCUGAUGGUGGUUGUCUCUGGUGGGAUGAACCAGCAGAAGAAUCAGAUUGUUGAUGCAGUUGUGAUUGCUAGGAUUCUUGGUGCUGUUCUUGUCGUCCCAAUAUUACAAGUCAAUCUUAUUUGGGGAGAUGAGAGUGAGUUUUCAGAUAUAUUUGAUUUAGAGAGGUUCAAGAGUGUUUUAGCAAAUGAUGUGAAGAUAGUUUCUUUACUGCCGGCAAAUAAAAUAAAGGCUAGACCAACUGAAGAUGGUGGCAUGCCUUUUGAUGCUUCUCCUCAAUGGAUACGUUCACACUAUCUACAACGAUUUAACAGAGAUGGAGUUCUUCUUUUAAGGAGAUUUGAUUCAAGAUUGUCUAAAGACUUACCUUCUGAUCUCCAGAAGCUUCGUUGUAAAGUAGCAUUUGAAGCGUUGAAGUUUUCACCACGUGUGAUGGAGAUGGGGAAGAAGCUUGCAGAGAGGAUGAGAAGCAAAGGUCCUUACAUUGCGCUUCAUCUUCGAUUAGAGAAAGACGUGUGGGUGAGAACAGGCUGCCUUACUGGUUUGAGCUCAAAGUAUGAUGAGAUUGCAAGAUUAGAAGGGAUUAAACGGCCUGAGCUCUUAACUGCCAAGUCUAGCAUGACACCUAAUGAGAGGAAACUCGCAGGUCUUUGUCCACUAAAUGCCAAGGAAGUAACAAGGCUGCUUAGAGCACUUGGAGCACCGAGAGAUGCUAGAAUCUACUGGGCGGGAGGGGAGCCUCUAGGCGGAAAAGAAGCUUUAAAACCAUUAACAAGUCAAUUCCCACAUCUUUACAACAAAUACGAUAUUGCAUUGCCUCAUGAACUCAAACCUUUCGCAAAACGAGCUUCUAUAAUGGCAGCAAUCGACUAUAUAGUAUGUAAGGAGAGUGAUGUGUUCAUGGCAUCUCAUGGAGGGAACAUGGGCCGGACGAUUCAGGGUGACAGAGCUUAUGAAGGACACAAGAAGCUUAUAACACCAAACAAAAGGCAAAUGCUCCCAUACUUUUUGAACACAUCAAUGACUGAAACAGAGUUUGAGAAGAUGAUGAAGAAACUACACAGACAGUCUCUAGGACAGCCUGAAAUAAGGGUUAGCAAAGCUGGAAGAGAUGUUACAAAGUAUCCUGUUCCUGAGUGUAUGUGCAAUAAUCAAACCACAACCACUAUUUAA